GGCGCUGCGCUCGAAAGAAAAUUGUCAACAGAGGCCGCCAUCUUGAACGACGCACUUAAGAACGGGACCACGGCGGGUAGCUUGAAUAUAUGGCUUAUUUAGAGAGGUUUUACCACGACAGGUGAUAUAAAUCAUUUAAAACAUGAGUCAGUACAUUCAGGUGGCCGAGGAAGAAGGGGAGGAGCCGAUGGAAGUGCCGAGCGAGGAGGACGGCACUCUGCUGCUGUCAACACUGUCUGCUCAGUUCCCCGGAGCUUGUGGGUUAAAAUAUCGCAACCCAGACACGGGCUCUAUGCGCGGAAUACGACUGGCAGACGGUCGACUGUAUCCGCCGGAUGUUGACUGGUCAAAUAGGAUUUAUGUUGCGGUGUUUCCCAAGACAGAAAACAAGAAGAAAGCAGGAAGUACAGCAUCAGGAAGUAAUGCGUCCACCAGUAGUCCUGACGAACAAGAUGGUGGACAUUACAAGUCUAAAAAGUAUGAGAGACAGCGCUGCAGUGACUUAAUUGUGCUCGGCCUCCCAUGGAAAAGCACUGAAGAAGAUUUGCGAAAAUAUUUUUCACAAUUUGGGGAACUCUUAAUGGUUCAGGUUAAAGUUGACCCGAAGACACGGCAGUCUAAAGGCUUUGGGUUCAUACGAUUUGCUGAUUAUGACUCCCAAUUCAAAUGUAUGUCACAACGUCAUAUGAUUGAUGGUAGAUGGUGUGAUGUUCGUAUUCCAAACUCAAAGGAAGGAGCCCAACAAAUCAUGAAUAGAAAAGUGUUUGUGGGAAGAUGUACAGAGGAUAUGACUGCAGAAGAUUUGCGAAAUUAUUUUGGCAAGUAUGGAGAAGUGGUUGAUGUCUUUAUUCCCAAGCCCUUCCGAGCUUUUGCAUUUGUUACUUUUGCUGACCCAGAGGUUUCACAGAAUUUGUGCGGAGAGGAUCACAUCAUCAAGGGUGCAAGUGUUCACAUCAGCAGUGCUGCACCAAAGAACUAUGACCGUCACAAUGACAAAAAAUCAACCAGCCCCCACCAGCUGGGCUACACACAAGCCUACCCUCCCAACCCAUGGAGCCAAGGACCCAGAGGAACCACUCAACCCAUGCAUAACCAAGGAACACCCAUGGCUCAGGGAAGUCUGCCCAACAAUCUAGGACUUGGUAAUCUAAACCUUGGGGCCCUACAGUUUAACCCAGCGAUGCUUGCUGCUGCUCAGGCCAUGCUAAGUGGUCAGGGUGGGUGGGGCCCUGUUGGUCUUGUGAGUCAGGGCAAUAACCCCCCUGUUGGAGGAAAUGUCACUCCUGUGUCCACCACUAUAACAGGAGGAGAAACCUCAAGUCAAGCCAGUGUCCAAAGUUUUGGUAGUAUAGGCAGCGGUUCAGGGGGCACAAUGGGGGCCGCACCACCUAUUCCGAAUAACAACAGUUUUCUAGGGUGGGGAAGUUCUCAAGUAUCAGCAUCAGAGGCAGGUGGCAGCCCAGGGGUGGGUGGCUGGGGAACACCCCAGAGUAAACCCAGUGGUGCAUGGAAUUAACAAGGUGUAUGAUUGAUAGGAAUGUGAAUCAUUCUGUUAAUAAAUCAUUAAUUAGGUGAUUGUUAGGGAAAAUAGAUGUGUAUGAUAAAGUUAGGUUUGGAAGAAGGGUCAUUUAUCAAACUCCAGUACAUGCAUAUGAUCCGACAAAACACAUGUUGAAAGAUGUGGAAGAAAUAUUUCAAUAUCUGCAACAUUGGUGAUGUUGUAACAAUACUUUAAUUGCAAGUGAUGUGAUUCAAUUUCAUUCACAGCGACAAUCUAGAUGAUUAAUGAUGUAUAUUAAGAUUGAUAAAUGAUCAGUAAUGUAAGUAAUUUAAACAUCUUGUAAAUACUGCAUUUGAAUGACAAGAGUGUACUUUUUUCGAUGCCAGUGAACUCACCUAACCCAUUCUAUGAAAUAUUACAUUUGAGUUAUUUCCCUUAUAUUGUUUUGGAAAUUUAUUGAAUGGAAAAGAACUAUCUGGUUUGAAUGAUGUAGAAAUACUUUGUAUUAUUCA